AGAAAAUCAAGAUGAACUUUUCAAACUUUUCAUCGUUGGAUCAAGAUUCUGUUUGAUUUGUUGUUGGGGGCACAUGAAUUGGUCAAGCCUCAAGUCAAGGUCUUGUUUGUUACUCGAACUGACUGCAGUUGAAUGCGCCUUUGUGUUGGACUUCGCGAGGAUUAACUAUUUGGUGAAAGCCUAACCCUGAUCCACUUUCUGCUGUUGCACGAACUGCUUCAAGCAUGGCAACCAGCUAUGCCAGUGAUCUUGGGGUGCUGCUGAAGCGCAUGACAACACAGAAAGACCAGGGUGCAACUGGUCGAUCUGCAUGCAAGAAGUGUGGAUAUGUUGGUCAUAUGACGUACCAGUGCCGUAACUUUGUCUCAGUGGACCCGAGCAAGGAAGUCGAGCUGGACGUUAGUAGCACGUCUAGUGAGUCUAGCCUUUCGGAGGAUGAGGAGGACGAUAAGCCAGGAUCUCGCCGCGAAGAAGCAGUGAGUGAAAGAUAUGCUUCUAGCAAGAUCCGUGAGCUGUACAACAAGAGAGAUGGUGGUUCUCGUAGCAGAGACAAUAGAGAUCGAGAUGAUCGCCGAUCCUCCAGACAUGAUGACCGGCGGGAUGAACGGUCGCGACGCCAUACGCAUCGUUCUUCACGCAAAUCGAACCAUUCUCGAGACUCCUCAUCGGAUUCUGAUGACGAUGGUGAUCGCCGUAGACAUCAGGAUCGUCACCGAAAGAGGGGACGCUCGCGAUCCCGGUCACCACGCCAUAGCAGCAAGCGGCGUGAGACCAGCGGCCACUCAUCACGUAAAGAUCGCGUUAGGGAUCGGAGCCCGUCUGCCAGUGACAAGGACGAUAGAGAUCGCUCGCUGCGCCGUGCUCUGAAAGAGCGUGAUGUAGAGAGGAGACGACCCCGAUCCUCGUCUCCGAACAGGUCUCGGUUUGGGCGAAGACAUCGUGACGCUAGCAGUUCUUCCUCUGCCGACUCGGACUCAGGCAGCAGUAGUGAUAGUAGCAGCAGCAGCGAUUCAGACAGCAAUGACCGGCGAAGAAGUCGAAAACACAAGCACAAGAAACACAAGCACGGAAAUGACAAGCACACGCGUGAAAAAAAGAAGCAGAAGUCACAAAAGACCAGUAAGCGCUGAAGGACUGUGUUUCCAACGUCCUGAGUCUGGCUUUCUAUUGGAUGUCCGUGUCUCUGUCUUUCAACCAUAGAUCACAUGCCACAACGUUCUUCUACUUCUAAGGGUUAUGUCUUGGCAUGUGUAGUCGGUGCUAAAUGCGGUGUCUGUAUGUGUUUAGCCCGUAUCAUGUUGUGUUUGUCCUCGUAGUUUCUCAUAAGAACGACUUUUCCUCCCUUGAGAUUGUUCUGCUUUGCUGAUUGGUAUUCUGCUGUAUCGCUAGUAAUUCGCAUGAUAUCUCUGUUGCGUUAUUCCCCUCGCACUGCAUAUGGCAUAAAACACACGAAACUUUAUCAGUUUUAUUGCAACUGUGUACAGAUUACUACAGAACGCUAGCUCUCUCUCUCUCUCUCUCUCUCUCUCUCUCUCUCUCUCUCUCUCUCUCUCUCUCUCUCUCUCUUUCUCUCUCUCUCUCUCUCUCUCUCUCUCUUUCGUGGCUUGUUGCGGCUAACCUUGAAGGAGGGACAGUUUUGUGGCUUGCAUUCCACUGAAACGUUAGCGCUGCUGUAUCUUCAAGAAUUGCUUGUAUGUUGUAUAAUGACCUAUCUGACGAUGUUGCAGUUAUUAUUUGUGCGGCAGUACUUUGUCAUCUGAGUGUCUUGCCUCCUGCCAGUCUUGGUCUUUGCCUGACUGCUUCCUGGA